AUGGACGGCGCCGAGCUGAUUGGGAAGAUCUUCUUCACCUGGCUGUCGCUGGUGCUCGGCCUCAUCCUCCUGCCUUCGGCCUUCGGAGUGUCUCUGGGCAUCUCUGAGAUGUACAUGAAGAUCCUGGUGAAAACUUUAGAGUGGGCCACGUUACGAAUUGAAAAAGGAAGCCAAAAGGAGUCAGUUCUUAAAAGCUCAGCUUCUGUUGGUAUUAUCCAAAGAGAUAAGUCACCCAUGGAAAAAGGUCUACGAGGAAGGGACUUUGAGCUGUCUGACGCGUUUUAUUUCUCCAAGAAGGGAUUGGAAGCCAUUGUGGAAGAUGAAGUGACCCAGAGGUUCUCCUCAGAGGAGCUAGUGUCAUGGAAUCUCCUCACAAGGACCAAUAUAAAUUUCCAGUACAUCAGUCUGCGGCUCACCAUGGUGUGGGUGCUGGGCGUCAUAAUACGCUACUGUGUCCUAUUACCUCUGAGGGUUACCUUGGCUUUCAUUGGAAUCAGCUUUUUGGUAAUUGGAACUACAAUGGUUGGGCAGCUUCCAGACAGCAGCUUCAAAAACUGGCUAAGUGAGCUGGUUCAUCUGACCUGCUGCCGGAUCUGUGUGCGCGCCCUCUCAGGGACCAUUCAUUAUCACAACAGGGAGCACAGACCCCAGAAGGGAGGCAUUUGUGUUGCCAACCACACCUCCCCAAUAGAUGUUUUGAUCUUAACAACGGAUGGAUGCUAUGCUAUGGUUGGCCAGGUUCAUGGUGGAUUGAUGGGAAUUAUUCAGAGAGCUAUGGUUAAGGCUUGCCCACAUGUCUGGUUUGAACGCUCAGAAAUGAGGGAUCGACACCUGGUUAUUAAGAGACUACGAGAACACAUCGCUGAUAAGAAAAAAUUACCCAUAUUAAUCUUUCCUGAAGGAACUUGCAUCAACAAUACUUCAGUAAUGAUGUUUAAAAAGGGAAGCUUUGAAAUUGGAGGAACCAUAUAUCCAGUUGCAAUUAAGUAUAACCCUCAGUUUGGUGAUGCCUUUUGGAAUAGUAGUAAAUACAACAUGGUGAGCUACCUGCUUCGAAUGAUGACCAGCUGGGCCAUCGUCUGUGAUGUGUGGUACCUGCCUCCCAUGACGAGAGAGGAAGGAGAAGAUGCAGUCCAGUUUGCUAAUAGGGUUAAGUCUGCUAUUGCGAGACAAGGAGGAUUGACUGAGCUUCCCUGGGAUGGUGGGCUGAAGAGAGAAAAGGUGAAGGACACUUACAAGGAAGAGCAGCAGAAGACCUACAGCAAGAUGAUUGUUGGCAAUGGAUCUCUCAACACUGAUUCAGACUGA